AUGCAGAACGGGGCCGGAAGUGACGCGUGCGCGCGCGCGCCGAGCCCCGUGUCCCUCGCCGGCCGCUGUAGCCGCGGGCGCGCGUCGCGGAACGAGUGCGCUUUCUCCCGGGUCCGGGCGCGGGAGGCGCGUGGACGUGAGGGCCCCCGAGGACCGCAGACGCCCGGCGAGAGAUCGAUCGGUGGAGGUGCUGACCCUUCGGGGAUCGGGAGGGAGGCGAGCGCCUGUCCUGCAGGUCCUGAUUCCCCGGCGUCAAGAGAACUGCUGGGAGGCCGUGUGACAGGCUUGGAGGAACGGGGGGCACUGUCACUUCCCAAACUUACUUCAAAGGAGACGGAAAUACCUGAGCAGAGAUUAGAGUUUAUCCAGAAAACCCACGGAGAGAGGGGCUUCCAGGGCCCAGUGAAGAUGGGGUCACUGACGUUGGAGGACGUGGUGGUGAAGUUCAGCUGGGAGGAGUGGCAGCUCCUGGACCCCGUUCAGCAGGCGCUGUACCGGCAGGUGAUGCUGGAGAACUUCAGCCACCUGGUGUCCAUAGGGUAUCGGGCACGCGCACCCCAUGCACUCUCCAGACUGGAGCGCAGAGAACCACCACGGGCUGCGUUAGGCGAGAGCCGGAGCCGAAAUGUCUCAGAAUUCCAGGACGCCGACGGACGUCUGUGUUGUCACUGCCACUGUGAAGGACAGACGGACAGGCUGGACCAGAGCUGUCGACAUAACCCCGCGGGAAAGCUUUCUGAGCAGCGCAGAAGUCACUCUGCGGUAAGGGACCGUCACAGUCCUCUUGAGUUAGAUGAGAAGUCUGUGAGACCACAUACAGCGUUCACGGCCGCCGGCCAGGCCAGGGCCGGGGAAAUGGAAGGCUCUGCUGAGCUGAACGGUGACAAAAAGCCCAUUCUUCAGGCUGAUCCUAUGCCCUUUUGUGCUGAGAUUCAAAAACCCGGCUCCUUCGAGCCCCAGCUCCCCAGACCACAGCAGAGUCCCCGAGUUGAGAAGCCUUACGUCUGCAGCGAGUGUGGCAAAGCCCUCAAGAAAAAGGGCAGCCUGGUCAUUCACCUGCGGACUCACACCGGAGAGAAACCCUUCCUCUGCGGGGAAUGUGGGAAGGGCUUCAACCACAAGGGGAACCUGAGCAUUCACCAGCGGGUGCACACGGGCGAGAAGCCCUACGUCUGCGGGGAGUGUGGCAAGGGCUUCAGCCAGAAGGCCUGCCUCAUCGCCCAUCAGAGGUUCCACACGGGGAAGGUCCCCUUCUCCUGCAGUGAGUGCGGCAAGUCCUACACGCAGAAGUCCACCCUCAUCCGACAUCGUAAGGUCCACACGGGCGAGAAGCCCUUCCAGUGCAGCGAGUGCCAGAAGGCCUUUGAGACGAGGCCCAAGCUGGUCGUCCAUCAGCGGUCCCACACAGGCGAGACGCCCUACCGCUGCAACGAGUGCGGGCAGACGUUCGGCUACGCCUCCAACUUUAAUGCCCACAAGAGAAAACACAAGCGGCAGAAGGACCAAGAGCCCGUCAAGGCAGAAGACAUGUCCAGGGAGAGCCCAGCCUCGGCAGGUGCCAGCGAUGACCUCGUGCAGGGGAAGAGCCCUCCUGGUCCUCUGACCAUCCACACGCUUCCUGUGCCCGCUCAGACCUCAGUCAGCAUCGGUGGACUCCUGAAUACCAGGAGCCUGGUGCUCGUGGGCCAGCCUGUGGCUGGAUGCGCACCGUCGGGAGAGACCAGAGAAUCGGCGCAGCCGAGGAACCUGAUGGACACCGUGAACGUGAUGGUGCCCUCAGUGAUCAGUUACAUCUUAUAUUACGUCACGUGA